AAAAAAAAAAAAAGAAUGAAAAAUUAUUAUUCAUUAAAAACUCCAAAAAGUACACAAAUUCUUGAUAAAAAUAUUAAAGUUGAUAAAACGAUUAGACCUCAUAUACCCAUUGAAACACAAAUUUCAAAUGUAUUUGAAAUCGAGACUGAAAAAAUUCACGCAUAUACAAGUGAAAGUAUUACUGUACUUGAAAAAAUGCAAUGUCGUCACGGAUUAGUGGCAGCAGUAUUGCAAGCUUAUAAUGGACAUCAACAUUUAUGUUUUUCACCUGAUGAUAUUUGGUUAACAAUAGCUCAAGGUGUCAACUCUCAUAUUAAUUUAUAUUCUGAUAAAUAUAAAAAUAAGUUUGUAAAAUUUAACGAAAACCAAAAAAUCGUUUUAAAUGAUGAUAAUUCAUUAAAAAGAGAUUGGUCAAAAUGUAUAAAAGAUCUCGUUAAAGAAACUUCCAAUCAUAUCGAAAAAAUUGAUUUAAAAUCUUUAUUGGAAUGCGAUUUUUCUACAAGUACUUCAACUACAAUCACCGCAAGUCGUGUAAUAUUACUUGAUUCUAUAAAAAAUUAUUUUUCUUAUAAUAUAGAAAUGUUUUGUGGUAUACCUAAAAUUACCUUAGAAGGUAAACUUGAAGAUUGGUUACUAAUUCAAGAAAAAUUGAUUCAAUUACGUAAUUUAAAUUUGGAUUUGGAUUUUUGGUUAAAUGAUUUGGAUUCAAUCAUUCGUCAAUUUAUUGAAACUUUUAAAGGAAAUGUUGAUGAACAAUUUUGGAAAAAUAUUGCAAGAGAAGAAUAUGGAUGUGGUG